GACCGAAAUAGAAAGUGCUAGAAGGGCUCGAGAGCGAACGGUUGUCGUGGUUGCUCACGGAAACGGUUCAGAAAUCUAAUAAGCAAAGUUCAGCAGUCUCAGUACUUUUCGAGAGACGUCACCACCAAACCGACACAAAUUUGUAGGCUGAAACGCGGAAAAAAUAAGACGUUUUCGUAAUUAUCCAGAGCACACAGAGCAGGAUAAAUCGAUCCGGCUCGAGCCCAGACCAGACGAGCUAGCUGAGGAGGGUGACUGAAGAGGAGCACAUCGCUACACCGGGAGUGUUCUGCGGCUUAGGAACUUGGGGGAAAGCGCUUUGUUUCCUAGAUAAGUUGUUACAGGGGGAUGGCAUUAGACUUCGUUGCAGGGUGCAUAGGAGGUGCUGCCGGGGUCCUGGUCGGACACCCCUUUGACACUGUGAAGGUCAGACUUCAGGUUCAAAAUGUGGACAAGCCUCUGUAUCGGGGGACUUUGCACUGCUUCCAGUCCAUUGUGCGGCAGGAAUCUGCGUUUGGUCUGUAUAAAGGAAUCGGCUCCCCCAUGAUGGGCCUGACCUUCAUAAACGCCAUUGUGUUCGGCGUCCAGGGCAACACAAUGCGGCUGUUGGGCCGGGACACGCCUCUCAACCAGUUCCUGGCUGGCGCAGCAGCCGGCGCAAUCCAGUGUGUCAUUUGCUGUCCCAUGGAGCUGGCUAAGACACGUAUGCAGAUGCAGGGCACGGGUGAGAAGAAGUCUAAGAAGAAGCUCUACAAGAACUCCUUGGACUGCUUGGUGCGAAUCUACAGGAAAGAGGGCGUGUGGGGCAUCAACCGCGGCAUGGUGUCUACCUUUAUUCGCGAGACUCCUGGCUUCGGCGUCUACUUCCUGGCUUAUGAUGUGCUGACGCGAUCCUUGGGCUGCGAGCCCGAAGACCCCUAUAUGAUCCCGAAGCUCCUCUUUGCCGGUGGCAUGUCUGGUAUUGCUUCGUGGAUCUCCACCUAUCCGGUGGACGUGAUCAAGUCCCGGCUGCAGGCUGAUGGGGUCGGUGGCGUCAACCAGUACAACGGCAUCGCAGACUGCAUGCGCCAGAGCUGGCAGAAGGAGGGUUGGCGGGUGUUCACACGGGGCCUUACCUCCACUCUGCUGCGGGCUUUCCCUGUCAACGCCACCACUUUUGCCACCGUCACCCUGUUCCUCAUGUACAUGCGGGGGGAUGAGGGUGGCCUGAAGGACUGUGAGCCAGCCCCUCACGCCCUCGCGCAGCAGGCCCAGCCAUCUAGCUUGUGACUGCUCCCCAGGGUGAUGGAACAGCAUAUGGCUUUUAGCAUAAGCCAUUUUUUAUGCUGCAUGUAUAUGCAGCAUGCAACUGUAAAUGACAUCUUUGUUUCCGUUUCUGUAUUUUUUUUUUUUCUGUACAAAGCAACCUCUUUUAAUGAGCUGUUUUUAGAUUUGGCCCCUUCAAGGCCGUCGACAUGCGAUGCUGCUCUGCUGAUGCUCGGUGAGUGUGGUACGGUGUGGGAGUUCCCAACUACAGGCCAGGCCUUUGAUUGGCCUCUCUAUUGCAUGUAGUCAAGUGUCUGUUCUGGGCAGCCUAGUUGUCAAGAGAAUUCCCGUUGAUGGAACCUGACUUAUGCUGGGCUGAGCAGGUGAUACCAGAAGCAUAUGCCUGUGUGUGCUCACACUUGUUACUGGAGGUUGAGCAUUGGGUUCUUCUACAAAGGUAAAGUAUGUACUUGUACCUGCUCCUUUCUUGACAUAACUUUUGGUAUAUACAUCAUGUGAUCCUGUACCAUUGACCUUCUCUGCAAUGAAGACACAAUGGUACUGGAACUGUGCAAAAAUUCAAUGGUCAAGUAUAAUUGUGGGGCCUUGCUGCACAGUUUAUGGGCACAAUGAGCCAGAAUGAAGUUCAGGAAUUCCACAGGUGGUGGACGAGUUGUUUGGAAGAGAAGAUUGCAAGAACAGCCCUGUCACUUUGGUGAUAGUCUGUUAAAAUAAGUUGUAAAUAAAAUAUUGUGUGUUUUUUAAUGGAUAUCACUUGAAUGUGAACAUGACAUGGACUUUUUUUUUU